AUGAACGAAAGCAGCACGCACGGGGGUCCAGGCAAAACGCAACAGAGCUCACGACGUGCGCAGGAACCCCGGCAGACUCGUUCGAGACCCAGUGUGGUAGUCUCGGGAGCCGGUUCGAGGGCGUCACGCCCGCUGCUGCGCGGCACAGAGGAAGCGGAAAAGGUAGACCAUGCGCCUUUGGAAUCUAGUAGAAAUUCUUUGGCUUCGAAACAACCGAAUAAUCAGACCGCAACGCUGAGUCAAGCCACCAAGUCGAACUCGAUGACCCGAGGAAGCGGGUCCACCCCGGGGCAACGACCUGCCCCGGUACACCAAAGCGCAGCACCGUCCACAGUGGCCGCAGCGGCGAGCAGUACCCGGGAGUUGUAUGCGCUGCGAGCGGAAGUGGCGAAACUUCGGCUGCGCUGCGAGGAACUGGAAAACGAGCUAGCGCUGCUUCGCAAGCAAGUGAGCACAGUUGCUCUGCCGCCUGUGGCAUCAUCCGCGUCGACAAACACCAGUAAUGCCAAGGAGUUGGCGCAGGCCUCGCAAGCACCCGCUCCAGAAGCCAGUCAGGUGGCGGCGACUGGAGCCGCUGGAACACCCGCAUCUCAAACGACCGCUAGACUUGCGUCUACGUCGCGCUUGCACAACGACAUCACUUGGCAUAGCGAAAGCCAAGUGCUCGACUGGGCCGAUGAAAUGGAAACCAUGGAGCUCGAGCGUCGCGGGCGAAACAGCAGCACCGAAAAGUCGGUUGUGAACGUUCCUCGCCCGACGCCCGGCACCUGGACGAGGAAGCCAGCAUCGGCAUCGGGUGCCGGGCCUGAAAGGCCGCCCCAGCCGCCUUUACCAUCCACGCGAGAUACAGGACAGCAACAACGACAACUGAGUGAAGCGCAAUCAUUGGAACACCCACAGAGAAUCCGGCAACGUGAGCCUCGUCCGCAUGGUACAGAGCAAAACCGCGAAGCGCGUCAACAGCAGCGGCGGCAGCGUCGAGAGCGUCCUUUCCAAGAGCGAACGCUUACCGCAGAUGCCAAGACGCAACCACACGCGAGCAGUGCAGCGAGCAAGUCUGCGGAAGCGCCACCACCAGUCCAGAGACCGCACCGAGAGACCGUAGAGAGACCGCCAGCGUCUGCCUGGCUGUUCGCCGUUCACGCUCGAGCACAGCCGGACAAGUUGCGUUUCCUGGUAUCGAGUCGCGCAGCGGGACCGGAGUCGGCACCUGAUCGAUUUAUUUCGCUUUCGUUUAGUGUAUCGCGUUGGAUCAAUGACCAAGCCUUUCACAAGACACUGAUGCGCAUGCUUCUGCAAUUGUGGCGGCGUCUUGCGCCACCAGCACUCGAUUCUGGAACAACGCAACAGCAACAGCAACAAAUACCGCCACCCUUAGCGGAGCUGCUUCGCCAACCUGAAACGGAAGAGCAGCGCCCGCUGGAUCGCCAACAGGUCUGGGCACUAUGUGAGCCGGUGCUGCUCGAGGCGUGCCGCCACCCGACCCUGCUGGUACUUCUCGAUUGCCACGGGCUCAACGACAAGACGAAGCAGGCUGUGCGCUUUAAUGUGGCGUACUUUGUGGAGGCAGCUGCAGCUGCUCGAGAGCGCUUUGAAGCGACGUUCGCAAUACCACCGCGCCUGGUGCUGGUGCUCGAAAGCUACCCCGUUCAACGGCGACCGGUUCUCGGGGGCCAUCCAGUGUAUCCCGUGCAAUGCUAA